AGCCUACAAGAAUUUUGACUUAGCAUUCCAGCGAGGCGUUAUGGGAGACACGCAUACCCGUUUGGGAUUGGACACAGAUGGAACAUGCGUGUAUGCAUGAAUGCGACAAAAUAGCAAUACGAAUGCAACCUAGCAAGCACAAUGAAAGAAGAAUCUUCUCGCGUUGGUCCUCAACAACAAGACAAAGUCAGUUCUCACCUGUUACAGUACACGACACAACACACACUUAUGCACCACACAUCCAUCACGACGAUGACACUUCUCUCUCCAAGUCGUAUACACAGCACUACAAUCUCUGUGCCGGACAGGAUGGUCACGCCGUGUCGAUCUCAUAACUCUUAUACUUUUUGGGCAGUUCCGGCGCAGGACUACUUGUUAAGAACCAUUCAGGUCAGCGGGCAUACACCUGUUGAGGAUGCGGCUGCUACUAUGGCUCUGUACUUGAGGAAGUUCCCGUACGAUCGGGUGAGUGGGGCUGCGAAGUGGGUACCAAUGUAUGAGCGAAAGUCGGUGGAGGAUCAAAAGAAGGAAGAGAAGAGAUAUCACGGUCCGCAGAGACGUGGUCAUCGCAAGGGCAAGGGAAACGGCAAGUGAAAGAAGACAGCGAUGGAGACCCAGUCCAAGUUGGAGAGGGAGAACGACUUCCCUGCUCUUGGCUCGAAGUAGCUUCUGAGGCAGAGGCAUUGAGUCGACGACUUUAGAAGGCAGUCUCUUUGAGUAAUUGGAAACCUACACGUGAGGACUGG